AUUUGUUGUACUUGUUCUUCAAACCUACCGAGUCGAACAAAGCAGCUGGACGUAGCCGGUGGGAUCGAAAUCACGGACGCUCCAAGGACACAUCCGGAGAAGAUAGAGAGGGAUGUGUCUCUGAGGGCAUGGCAGAAGGAGGGGCAGGAAUGAUGGCUUUGAUUGCGGCGUUGACGAAGGCGGGGGAUGUUGCCCAUACUGCGGACGGGUGUUACAAUCGCCUGGGAAUUAUCAAGAUACCUGUUCUGGUUGCACAGGAGCACAGUGAUGUUAUGAUCCCAACUGUGAACAGUUAUCAGCUGUCUCAGAACUUUCCGAAUGCUUGGUUGUUGAUCUACCCUGAUCCGGAACACGGAUUUUUGUUUCAAUUUCCAGAACAGUUCACCCAGCAGGUCAAUGAGUUCCUGGAUGGUGGUAGAUAUUGCUACCGUCUUUUGAUAUUGCUAUAG